AUGCGUCUUCCGAAGAAAGUCCUUCUGGCCGUUCUGGCCACGCUCAUCCGGCAAGCGACAACUGCCCCAACAUCCCCGGAGGAGUACCCCAUCUACAAGGAGGCACAAGCCCGUGCUGCUGAGAUUAUUCCACGCCAACUUCUUCCUGCUGUUCUGCCCAACAUUCUCCCUGCUGCCCCGGUUCCUGCUGCUGCGAGUGUUGCUGCAAAUGCUCUCGGGACCCUUUGUCCAUCUCUUCCCCAGAUCAUUUCGCAGCUUCCUGCCGAUGCACAGUCAAUCGCACGCCAAUUGAACCAAGCUCUGUCGAGCGCCAUCGCAGCCAAUCCGGCGCUGGUCCCGACCACGCUGCCCGCCCCCGCCUUGCCGACUGGCCUUCCGGGUCUUGGGUCAAACUUGGUCCCUGGAGUGAGCACCUCAAGCGUCAGGCCGACCGCUCUUCUCCCUAGCAGUGCGUUGGCAUCAAUAAUCAGCGGUUUGCCGAGCGCUGCUUCACAGGCAGCCUCCAAUGCUGCUCCUCUGCAGUCUGCCCUGGGACAGAUUCCCUCCGCACAGCUGCCCUCCGUCCUGUCAAAUCUGGCUUCCGCCGUCCCGUCUGUCACGCCAAUUCUCGCAUCUCUGUCCCUUGGCCUCAACCUCCCCGCGGCGCCAACUGGCCUUGUUCCAGGUCUCCCGUCGGCCAGCGUUCCUUCAGCUGGAGUCCCCUCGGUAAGCCGGUCGGGAGUGUCAUCUGUGAGCCAGCCUGGAGUGCCAUCUGUGAGCCAGCCUGGAGUGCCAUCUGUAGGCUUGCCUGGGGCUCCAUCAGUGGGUCUUCCCGGACUUCCGUCUGUGGGCCUGCCUGGAGCCGCGCUGCCCUCGGCACUUAUUACACCGGCUCUAUCGAGGCUUGCCACUCUCCUCCCGAGCAGCGUUGCGUCUUCCGUUCUCUCGAACUUGAACAGCGCUCUGUCCACGAACCCUGGCGCCCUCGCAUCCGCGCUCACGAACCUGCCUGUAAGCGCCAUUCCAAGCGACAUUGCCAGCUUGGCUUCGCAGCUGGCAACCCCCGGAUUGCCUGCCGGUGCCGUUCCGUCUGCAGGUGUGCCGUCUGCAGGUGUGCCGUCUGCUGGUGUGCCGUCUGCUGGUGUGCCAUCUGCUGGUGUGCCGUUCAUUGGAGCUCCUGGGCUGCCUACUGUGCCGCCAAUUGGCGUGCCUCCAAUCGCCCUGCCCAGCAACGUCCUCGGGUCAAUCAUUUCUAACGUCCCAUCGAAUAUCGCUAGUGCGCUGUCGGCUCUGCCGUCAAAUGCUGCAGCGCUUCCUUCAGCUCUCGCCGCUCUGCCGACCAGUGUGCUUCCCUCCGUUCUCUCUCAGAUAGCACCAGUUCUAAGUGGCCUUCCUACCAAUCUUGCGGGCCUGCCGUCGGUUGGCGUGCCUCCUGUGGCUUUGCCAAGCAAUGUUCUCCAGUCGGUCAUUCCUAACGUCCCAUCAGGCGUUGCCGAUGCAUUGUCGCAAUUGCCAACUAACCCUGGCGCUCUCCCUUCAGCCCUUGGGGCUCUCCCAACCAGCGUACUGCCUUCGGUUCUUUCUGAGCUAUCGCCGGUCCUGAGCAGUCUGCCUUCUGGUCUAUCGGGCUUGCCAGGCUUGCCAGGCCUGCCACCUGUUGGCGUGCCUCCAGUUGCUCUCCCAAGCGACGUCCUCAACUCCAUCAUCCCUAGCCUCCCGUCAGACGUUGCCAACGCAUUAUCACAGCUGCCGACUAACGCCGCCGCUCUCCCCUCAGCCCUCGCGGCUCUCCCAGCUAGCGAACUCCCGUCGGUCAUAUCCGACUUGGGACCGGUUCUGAGCAGCCUGCCCUCUGGCCUCCCCGGCCUCCCCGGUGGUCCCAGCCUUCCCGGCGCCCCGGGCGUACCGCCUCUCGGGGCCCCAGGCUUGCCUCCCCUUCCUACAGUCGGUUUACCAACAGACGUGCUCAAUUCCAUCGCCCCGAGCCUGCCUUCGGCUGUUGCUAGCGCAUUGUCGGCAUUGCCAUCGGACGUUGGGGCACUUCCUUCAGCUCUUGAGGCUCUUGCAACAGAUGUGCUGCCAUCGGUGCUUUCAGACUUGGCACCGAUUUUGCCGACCGGCGUUCCUGGCCUUCCCGGUGUACCACCUGGCCUCCCUGGCCUUCCUGGCCAGCCAUCCGUUGGUGUCCCAGGCCUCCCCGGCGCGCCAACCAUCGGUCUGCCAGGUCUGCCAACCGUUGGCCUUCCUCCGAUCUCAGUGCCGAGUGACGUUCUUGGCAGUCUUCCAUCGAACGUUGUCGACGCACUAUCGAACCUCCCAGUCGAUCCUGGGGCGCUCAAUUCGGCUCUUGCAGCCCUCCCAACCAACGAGGUUCCUUCAGUCCUCUCUGGUCUGGCACCAUUCUUACCGACUGGGGUGCCCAGCGUCCCUGGCGUCCCCGGGGCUCCAGGCCUUCCAGGCUUGCCUCCAAUCGCCGUGCCGAGCAGCAUCCUCGAUACCCUGCCAUCGGGCGUCGUUAACGCUCUAUCAGAGCUGCCAACUAACGUUGGGGCGCUCCCAUCAGCUCUCGCCGCUCUUCCUACCGACGAAGUGCCUCCAAUUGUCUCUGCGUUGGAGCCGUUCCUGCCUACUGGCGUGCCUGGUCUUCCUGGGGUUCCAAACGGUCUUCCGGGUCUUCCGGGUCUUCCGGGGGCUCCCAGCGGUCUUCCUGGGCUUCCCGGUGUUCCCAGCGGCCUGCCCGGCCUUCCUGGCGUGCCUCCAAUCGCUCUGCCAAGCAAUGUCCUGGGUAGUCUGCCGUCAGCCGUUGCGGAUGCGCUAUCAGAGUUGCCGACUAACGCUGGAGCACUCUCUUCCGCAAUCGCCGCUCUCCCGACCAACGAAGUCCCGUCGAUUCUUUCCCAGUUGGAACCGGUUCUCACCGGCCUUCCUAGCGGUGUUCCCGGUGUGCCUGGGUUGCCUCCGGUGGCUCUGCCGAGCAGCGUUCUGGAUAGCCUGCCGUCGGACGUUGUGAACGCCCUUCCACAACUGCCGGCCAACGUGGCGCCGCUCUCCUCGGCUCUUGCGGCUUUGCCAAGCGAAGUGGUACCCUCGGUGCUUUCCGACCUGGCGCCUGUCCUGACCAAUCUUCCUGCUGGUGCCCCCGGUGUUCCUGGCUUGCCCGGUCUUCCCACUGGUGCUCCCGGUGCUCCUGGCUUGCCCGGUCUUCCUACUGGUGCCCUCGGCGUUCCUGGCUUGCCCGGUCUUCCCACUGGUGCUCCCGGUGCUCCUGGCUUGCCCGGUCUUCCUACUGGUGCUCCCGGUGUACCUGGCUUGCCCGGCCUUCCUACCGGUGCUCUUGAGUCGAUCAUCCCCAGCCUACCGACCAACGUUGCCAACGCACUCUCCGAACUGCCGGCAAACGCGUCGCCGCUCUCCUCGGCCCUGGCAGCUUUGCCAAGCGAGGUGUUACCUUCGGUGCUUUCCGACUUGGCUCCUGUUCUGAACGGUCUCCCUACUAAUGCCAAUGCUCCUAGCGUGCCAUCUGCCGGCCUGCCUUCUGCCGGCCUCCCUUCUGCUGGCCUACCUUCUGCUGGCCUCCCCUCGGGUGGCCUCCUCUCAACUGGCCUCCCUUCAGUUGGCCUACCCUCAGUCGGCCUUCCCGGUCUGCCCAGUGACGUGGCCAACUCCAUUGUCAACAACGUCCCUUCAGGUGUGGCCAGUGCGCUUUCAGAGCUGCCUACCAACGCGGCUCCUCUGUCGUCCGCUCUUGGUGCUCUGCCAAGCAGUGCUCUACCUUCAGUACUGUCCGAAUUGGCUCCCGCCAUCAGUGGUCCUAGCCUGCCUGGUGGCAUUCCCAGCCUACCCGGUGGCAUUCCCAGCCUACCCGGUGGCGCACCUGGCGUACCUGGCGCACCUGGCGCACCUGGCGUACCUUCUUUGCCCCUCGGCGGCCUUCCCUCUGUACCUACGAGCGUGCUCAACUCGGUUGCGAACAACGUUCCCUCGGAUGUGGCAAGCGCGUUAUCACAAGUACCUUCUAACGCAGCCCCUCUAGAAUCAGCUCUCGUUGCCCUGCCGAGCAGUGCUCUGCCGUCGGUACUCUCUGAAUUGGCUCCUGUCUUUAGCGGACUCCCGAAUGGCGGCGUUCCUAGCCUCCCGAACAGCGGCCUACCUGGCGGCCUACCUGGAGGCCUACCUGGCGUACCUUCUUUGCCCGCCGGCGGCCUUCCCUCUGUGCCCACCAGCGUGAUCAACUCGGUUGCCAAUAACGUUCCUUCAGGCGUGGCCAGCGCGCUGUCGCAAGUACCUUCCAACGCAGCUCCUCUGCAGUCGGCACUUGGUGCCCUACCGAGCAGUGCUCUGCCUUCGGUGCUUUCCGCGCUGGCUCCCGUCUUUAGCGGACUCCCGAGCGGCGGCGUUCCCAGUCUACCUGGUGGCGUACCUGGCGUACCUGGCCUGCCCGCCUUACCCUCCGUUGGCGGCCUUCCCUCUGUACCCACCAGCGUGAUUAACUCGGUUGCGAACAACGUUCCUUCAAACGUAGCUAGCGCGCUAUCACAGGUACCUUCUAACGCAGCUCCUCUAGGAUCAGCUCUAGUUGCCCUACCGAGUAGUGCUCUGCCUUCGGUGCUUUCCGCGCUGGCUCCAGUCUUGAGUGGACUCCCGAGCGGCGGCCUUCCCAGCCUACCUGGUGGCGUACCCAGCCUGCCCGGUGGUGUUCCCAGCCUACCUGGUGGCGUACCCAGCCUGCCCGGUGGUGUUCCUGGCCUGUCCGCCUUACCCCCCGUUGGCGGCCUUCCUUCUGUGCCUACCAGCGUUAUCAACUCGGUUGCAAACAACGUUCCUUCAAACGUGGCCAGCGCAUUAUCACAAGUACCUUCUAACGUAGCUCCUUUGCAAUCAGCUCUCGUUGCGCUGCCGAGCAGUGCUUUGCCUUCGGUGCUUUCCGCGCUGGCUCCCGUCUUCAGCGGGCUUCCGACCGGCGCCCCGUCUGCCGGCGUGCCUUCUGCUAGUGCUCCUGGUCUUUCUUCGGCUGGUGUGCCUUCUGCUGGUGCUCCGGGUCUUCCUUCGGCUGGUGUGCCCUCAGCCGGUGCUCCGGGUCUGCCUCUGGGUUCUCUUCCCAGCCCUGUUGUCAGCUCCCUUCUCAACGGCCUUCCAUCGAAUGUCGCCAGCGCCCUCGUCGCCAACCCGACGAACCCAGCGCCGCUCUCGUCGGCGAUCAGCGCUCUCCCCGCUGCCCAGCAACCAUCGGUCCUCUCCCAAAUCAGCCAAAUCGGCAACGCACUCUCCGGUCUUCCCGCUGGUGGUCUUCCCUUCGGCCCUGGUGCCGGUGGUAGUGCCUCUGCCACGGCAGCCGCUGGCGCAUCUGUCACGGCAACCGCUCGUGCCUCUGCCGGUGCCGGUGGCCCUGGCGGUCUUCCCCUGAACUCGAUACUCCCCGCGCUGCCGUCGGCUGUUGCAAGCGCCGUCACUCAGAUUUCCUCCAACGUUGCCCCCCUCUCCUCGGCCCUAGCGGCGCUGCCUUCGAGCGUCCUUCCCGCAGUCCAAUCGCAGCUCCAGCUCGCAGCUCCGGCACUAAGCGCGCUGGCCGGCCCGGUGGGUGCCAGCGGCCUUCCUGGACUGCUUGGUCUGCCGUCUGGAGCAGCUGUUCCUUCCGGCGGGGCAGCAGCUCCUUCGACUGCUGGUCUGCCCUCGGGUGGUGGGGGCCUCCCCCUGAACUCAGUGCUCCCCGCGCUGCCGUCGGCCGUCGCAAGCGCGAUUCCUCAGAUUUCCUCCAACAUUGCCCCCCUUUCAUCGGCCCUGGCGGCGCUACCCUCGAGCGUUCGACCUUCUGUUCAGUCUCAGCUUCAGCUCGCUGCCCCGGCAUUGAGCUCGCUUGCCGGUCCGGUGGGCGCCAGCGGUCUUCCUGGACUGCUUGGUCUGCCGCCUGGAGCAGCGGCUCCUUCGGGUGCGGUUCCUUCCGGCGCGAUCCCUUCGGGUGCGGUUCCUUCUGGUGGUCUGCCUGCGGGAAGUCUUCCUGCGGGAGGACUUCCUGCGGGAGGUGGCCUUCCCCUGGCCUCGAUACUCCCCGCAUUACCGCAAGCCGUUGCGAACGCGAUUCCUGCGAUAGCCUCAAACCUUGCGCCGCUAUCCUCGGCCCUAGCAGCGCUGCCCUCGAGCGUCCUGCCCGCCGUUCAGUCCCAGCUCGCGCAAGCCGCCCCGGCGCUGUCCUCGCUGGCCGGCCCGCUCGCCACCGGCCUACCCGGCUUGCUUGGUCUACCUACUAGUGGUCUUCCUGCGGGUGGUCUGCCCGCGGGUGGUCUUCCUGCAGGUGGUGGGCUUCCUCUAGCCUCGAUACUUCCUAUACUACCACAGGCCGUUGCAAACGCGAUCCCUGCGAUAGCCUCAAACCUUGCACCGCUCUCUUCGGCCCUAGCAGCACUUCCCUCAAGCGCCUUACCUGCCGUCCAGUCCCAGCUCGCGCAAGCCGCCCCGGCGCUGUCCUCGCUGGCCGGCCCGCUCGCCACCGGCCUACCCGGCUUGCUUGGUCUGCCUGCGGGUGGUCUACCUGCGGGCGGUUUGCCUGCGGGUGGUCUUCCUGCGGGCGGUCUCCCUGCGGGUGGCCUUCCCCUGGCCUCGAUACUCCCCUUACUACCGCAGGCCGUUGCGAACGCGAUACCUGCGAUAGCUUCGAAUCUUACACCGUUGUCUUCGGCCCUAGCGGCACUACCCUCGAGCGUCUUACCCGCCGUCCAGUCCCAGCUCGCGCAAGCCGCUCCUGCGUUAUCCUCGCUGGCUGGCCCGCUAGCCACCGGCCUGCCCGGCUUGCUUGGUCUGCCUACAGGUGGUCUGCCUGCGGGUGGCCUGCCUGCUGGUGGUCUGCCUGCUGGUGGCCUGCCUGCUGGUGGCCUGCCUGCUGGUGGCCUUCCUCUGGCCUCGAUACUCCCCUUACUACCGCAGGCCGUUGCGAACGCGAUUCCUGCGAUAGCUUCGAACCUUGCGCCGCUAUCUUCGGCCCUAGCGGCACUACCCUCGAGCGUCUUGCCCGCCGUCCAGUCCCAGCUCGCACAAGCCGCUCCGGCGCUGUCCUCGCUGGCCGGCCCGCUCGCCACCGGCCUGCCCGGCUUGCUCGGUCUGCCGUUGGGCGGCCUGCCUGGCGUCGGCCUCCCGUCUGGAGCCGUUCCUUCGCUCAGCCUGCCCGCGGGCGCUCUCCCUUCAGGCGGUCUGCCCGGCCUAGGUCUCCCCUCCGCCACCAUCCCCUCGCUCAGCCUCAACCUAGGCCUCAGCCUGAACGCCGGUCUCCCCACCCCCAGCCUACCCAGCGUCGGCCUACCGGGCCUGGGCCUCCCAAGCGGGUCAGCCCGCCUCCCAUCGGCCUCGGUCCCCAGCGCUGGCCUCCCCGGCCUCGGCCUCCCCAGCCUAGGCGGCGGCGCCGGCGGCGGCCCUUCAGCCUCGCUCGCCGCCUCCGCCCAAGCCUCCGCCCAGGUCUCGGCGCAAGCAUCCGCCAGCGCCGGCGUCAACAACAACAACGGCCUCGGCCUCCCCAGCAUCACCCUCCCCAGCGCCAGCCUCCCCAGCGUCGCCGUCCCCUCGCGCACCCUCCCCAACGGCUCCGUCGCCCCGGCCGUCCCCUCCAUCAUCGCCGCCGGCAGCGUCUACGGCCAGGUCUACAACUACAUCUUCUACGCCAACACCGUCGUCAGCGUCAACGGCGGCUUCCUCGAUCCGAGGACGGGCGCUAUUCAAGGCCUUUUGCCCGGCGGCCAGCUUUGUGCGCUGCUGGCGGAUGGCUUGCACAUCGCCAAUCGCCUCGUGCCGUAUCCGCCCGCGUGGACGAAUCUGAUCGGCGCGCUGGGGAUUCAGUUGCCGAUUCUUAGUCGGUUGCCGAAUUUGAUUCCGGCUUAG